UGUCUCAAAACUAUGGAAAAUUUGGGUUGGGACUCAUCAUGCUUAUGGAGCAAUCAUCACCGACAAAAUGAAAUUAGAGUGAUCUCUACAAUGGAUCUCCCACAAGAUGUCUUCAACUCAAUUCAAGAACUCCAAAGAACUACCACAUGUGAUAUAGGAUCUGUAAUAAAUUCCAUUAAUGCAGCUCCAACAGCUACUUGGGGAGAAGCUCUAAUGGCCCAAUACAUAUCAAACCAGAAUCCAUUAUCAAAUGGUCUAAUCACAGAUUUUAGUGUUGUUGAUGGAGUUGUUAAUGGCCCACUUGAGUCUCUGGACUGCUUGUUGUCAACAGCCAACAGCAUUAAUACUGAUACAUCAGUUGAAGAUGAUGAAAUGUCCAUUAUCUUAUCUGAUUGCAGAACUAGAUGGAAUUUCGGUUCCAACAGCGCGGUCUCGUCGGGAGAAUCAGAAAACAUUGGUGGUAACCAAAGAGAGAUGGUAAUUAUUAGAAAAGCACAAGAGCCCAUGGGGGAAGUAGUCUCAGUAGUCUCUUCCAAGGCUUUGGAUUCUACUACUAUUACUACUACUGCAAGGCCUAAUUCAACAAAUAAGAGAAGCAAGGAUGGACAAGUGAAUUAUCAUUAUUUUGAUCUUCUCCAAUCAGAUUCAUCAACAACUGAGGGUGGAUUUCAGCUCAUCUCCGAGAACAACCCUCCGAGAUUGAAGAAACCCAGAUUGGAGAAUCAUCAUCAUCAUCAUCAUCAUCAUCAUCAAGGAUCAUCAUCAAACAUCAACUUCCAACUUCCAAGCAGCUCUUCUUUAUCAUCUUCAGUUGAUGAGCCAGACACCGAGGCUAUUGCACACAUGAAGCAAAUGAUCUAUAGAGCUGCAGUAUUCAGGCCUGUGAAUCUAGGCAUGGAGGUAGUGGAGAAGCCUAAGAGGAAGAAUGUCAAGAUUUCUAGUGAUCCACAGACAGUGGCUGCAAGGCAUAGGAGGGAGAGAAUAAGUGAGAGAAUUAGAGUUCUACAAAGGCUAGUCCCUGGUGGAAGCAAGAUGGACACUGCUACCAUGCUUGAUGAGGCUGCAAACUAUCUCAAGUUCUUGAGGUCACAAGUCAAAGCCUUAGAGAAUCCGGGACACAAGCUUGACACUGUCAAUUGCAACUCUACCACCCUUCCCUUCCCUUCAACUUCAUUCAAUUUCAGACAUAAUCCUUUUCCCAUGCAGACCUUUUUCCCACUCCCAAAACCCUAAAUCCCUGGAGAAAGGUAAAGAAUUUUUUUCUGCAAUCUCUCUCUCUCUCUCUCUCUCUUCUUAAUCAACAACAAAAACCAGAACUUUGAUCCGAAGACCCAAGAGUUCAUGAUCCAUUAUCAUACCCUAAUCAUGAUUUGCAGACCCUACUUAAAGAAAACCCAACUUAUCAUAGUCUUCAUCAUUACAUCUUUUUUGUUGAUCUAGGGUGGAAAGGGAAAAUGAAAGAAAAAAAAAACAAUUAGGGAGCAAAGAUAAGAUGUCUCAAUAGUCAAUCUUAACCAUCAUGACUAGAGAGACACAUGACCCACCACCCAAGAUGGAAGAGAAAAGCUUUUCUCAAUUCUCAUACAAAAAGCUUCAGCAAUUAUAAGAACUAUGAUUAAGAUCAAGGGUUAGGGACAUAGUACACUUAGUAGAAAGUGGUCUUCACUUUCUCUUUUCUUUACAAGGGGAUUAUUCUAUAGUUUCUUAAGCACAUUUUCCUUGGAGAGAUCUUUAUGGUGGCUGUAUUUUUUUAAUGUGGGCAUGUUAGCUAACCAAUGUAAAAGACAUUCCCUUUGGGCCUGUGAACCCUAGUCAGUGGGCCUGCCUCCCCUUGUUCCAGCCAAGCGUGCCCUUGAAACUCCCCCCCAAGCCAUUGUGCUGAGCACAUGUUUCCAUUCUUCCUUUUAGGCAUUUGGGUUUUUGUUAUUUUCCCUCAGUUCAUCAACGUUUCAACCUUGUAUCCAUUACUAACUUCUUAUGAUUUUGGUGUUUAGUAGUUUGUUGUGGUUAUUGUUGUUCUUGUCUUUGUUGAUGAAGAUGAAGAUGAUGAUGAUGAUGAUGAUGAUGGUUGGG